AUGCCUAAUGAGUUCAAUGAAGAAGAUCUCAUAAUUGGUCCAAUUACUGGGAUGCGGUUCAGUAGUAAGGAUGUUAUGUUUGAUUUUUACAAAGAACAUGCAAGAUUACCGGGGUUUUGCAUUGUCAAAAGAACAUCAAAUAAAAAAGUUGGUGAUAUUAUUAGUUAUGUGCAAUAUGGUUGUGAUACGUCAAGGAAACCAAGGAAUAAGCAUGUUACCAAGAGGAGGAACUGUCGUGCUAGAAUAAAUAGAAUUUUGGAGGAGAAUGGUUCAUGGCGUAUUUCAAAUGUGGUUAAAAAACAUAAUCAUCAAUUGGAACCAGCACUAUCGCGAUUGAUGGUUGGACACAGAUCGCUUAGUAAGUCUCUUAAGAGAACUCUUGCAGUCAAAGAUAUUGCUGGCUUAAGACCCUCAAAAAAUAUAAGAGUCGCUGAAGUACUUGUUGGUGGCCCCGAAAAUCUGGGUUGUACACCAAAGGACUGUAGAAAUUAUAUUUUGAAGAGUAAAAAGCUUCAGUUGCAAGAAGGGGAUGCACAAUCAUUACUCAAGUUCUUCAGUGACAUGCAACAAAACGAUAGGGAAUUUUACUGCUCCGUAGAUGUGGAUAGUUUUGGUCAAUUUCGUAAUGUCGUAUGGGUUCAUUCACACUCUAAAGUUGCAUAUGAGGAGUUCCAUGAUGUAAUAUGCCUUGAUACCACAUACCUUGUGAAUCGAUACAAUAUGCCAUUUGCUUCAUUUGCUGGUGUCAAUCAGUAUAGGCAGUCCAUACUUUUGGGAUGUGCUCUUAUGUCUAGUGAGGAUAUAACAAGUUACAAAAUGGUGCUAUCUACAUGGCUUGGGGCUCAAAACAAUGUUCAUCCAUUAGCUAUCAUGACUGACCAAUGUGAUAGUAUUAAGGCUGUCAUCAAUGCAUUGAUGCCAAAUACGGUACAUAGAUAUUGUAUAUGGCACAUAUUCGCAAAGUUGCCUACGAAGUUAAGUAGAGUUCUUGAUGAUAAGAUUGCAAAGGCAGAAUUUAAGGCUUUAGUCCUUGAUAGCAUUAACAUUGCCAUAGGAGCUAAGUUCGAGAAAGAAUUGGAAGCUGAAUAUGAGCCAAGGUGCUUUGAACCAAAAUGUUUAUCUGAAUUUGCAUGGGAGGAAAAAUUUCAAACAUGUUAUACUCGUGAAGUGUUUGAAUUUUUUCAAGUACAGUUAAGGAAACUGUACCAUUGUGAAAUCAGCACCCCUGAAGACCAUCAAGCAACAGUUGGAGUGGAGAAUUACAUUAUCGCAGAUUAUUCAUUCAGGAGUUUUAACACUAGAGAUCCAUUUGUAUUCACGGUUGAAUAUACACCUAUUGGCGAAUAUCUAAGUUGCAACUGCAAGUGGUUUGAAAUAAGAGGUGAUGGAAGUGGAGUUAGAGGUAAUAUGAGGGGUAGAGGUGGUGGUAGAGGUGUUGACAGAGGUGGUGGUAGAAGUGGUAGUAGAGGUGGUGGUAGAGGUGGUGGAAAAACUGGGUUAGCGGAAGGAAUAGAGCAAGAUGAUGCAACAGUACCACCACAUAGUAGUUUGCCUGAUCUAAACGAUGAAGCAAAUUGGGAAAUAGAAGACUUGACCGUUUAG